AUGCUUAUCCAAUCCACUCUUAUCGCGCUCAGCGCGACCCUCGCUGCCGCCGUCAAACCCUUGAGCGUCAAGAACCAGUUCUUCGUCGACCCCAGCGACAACAUCUUCCAGAUCGUUGGUGUCGCCUACCAGCCCGGCGGCUCUGCUGGCUACGAUGCCACCCACGGAAAGGACCCCCUCAGCAAUGCUGAUAUCUGCCGUCGUGACGCUGCCAUCCUGCAGAUUCUCGGCGUCAAUACCAUCCGUGUUUAUAACUUGAACCCGGAUGUCAACCACGACGAGUGCGCCAGCAUCUUCAACGCUGCCGGUAUCUACAUGAUCCUCGACGUCAACUCUCCCCAGGUUGCCGGCUCUCUUCAGACCUACAACCCCUGGGAGUCUUACUAUGAUACCUACGUCAACCGCACUUUCGCCGUUGUCGAGGCCUUCAAGAACUACGACAACACCCUCGCCUUCUUCUCCGGAAACGAGGUCAUCAACAAUGAGUCUUCGGCCGGCCAGGUCCCCCCUUACAUGAGGGCCGUUACCCGUGAUAUCAAGAACUACGUCGCCAAGCACUGCGACCGCAAGAUCCCUGUCGGCUACUCUGCCGCCGAUGUCCGUGAGGUUCUCUUCGACAGCUUCGAGUACUUCACCUGCGCUGAGGGCGGCAAGUCCAACGACCCGAGCCGCGCCGAUAUCUUUGCCCUCAACAGCUACUCCUGGUGCGGCAACAGUGACUUCCAGAAGUCCGGCUACGAUGACCUCGUCGAUGGCUUUAGAAACACCUCCGUCCCCGUCUUCUACUCCGAGUAUGGCUGCAACGCGGUCCAGCCCCGUCCUUUCACCGAGGUUGGCGCCAUUUACGGCGAGGAGUUCAGCUCCGUUUUCUCUGGUGGCAUUGUUUAUGAGUACACCCAGGAGGAUAACGACUACGGCCUUGUCAAGGUCAACACUAAGGACGAGUCCGUUACCCUCCUCAAGGACUUCUACACCCUCAAGGACCAGUUUUCCAAGCUCGACUGGAAGAAGGUUCAGGGCGUCAAGUCCGCCAAGGAGGGCUCCGGUCCCAAGGCCCCCAAGUGUGACGCCAAGUUGAUCCAGUCCAAGGACUUCUACGGCAACUUCACCCUCCCCGACAUGCCUCCCAACGUCGAUAAGAUCCUCGCCAAGGGUGUCAGCCCCAAGCCCACCGGCAAGCUCGUUGACAUCAAGGACUUCAGUGUCAAGUACACCGUCAAGAACGCGGAUGGUAGUGUCAUCUCCGACUUGGCCGUCAAGCCUCUCGGCAGUGAUGAGAGCAACGCCCCCGGCAGUAACGAUGCCAAGAUCCAGGACUCCGGCAGCGUCUCCUCCGGCAACUCGACCAGCUCGGACUCCGACUCGGACUCUGACUCCGACGACACCAAAAACAGCGGCGCCGCUGGCAGCGCCAUUGCCAUGACCCUGCCCGCCGUGGCCAUGGGUGCCUUUGCCAUCUUUGCCGGUCUCGCCUUGUAG